AUUCAUUCUUUUACCAAUUUCAGACUCAUAAAAUUCUAAACUCGUAAGCACGAGCUUAUGCAUUCUCUACAUUUCUAUACACCGGACUGUAAGGACUUCAGAACCGAUCAUGGCUUCCAUAAGCUGUGGGCACUUCGGCGUGCUACCUAAAAUGAUGAGACGAUUGCCUGGAACCUAGGCUGUUAAAUUAUACGAUACUAGGCACUAUAUUUUAGACGUUUGCCCGGCUGGUUCAUCUAUGCUUAGGAAGCUAGGGAGAAUAUGAAAGGAGUUGCAGCCCCCUAUUCUUAGGCCUGAAGCCUUUGACUACCUCUAGAUGGCCGCACCAUGUAUUCCGGCGUCGUAUAUCCCCAGGCCGAGCGAUAUCGAAGCAAGAUUGAGUGGUCAGAGACACAGUCUUGUUAACGCCUUUAAAGUACUCAACGGCAUCGCAAUUCCUAUCGCUAGUAUUAUAUACUUAGAUAAGUAUAAAUAUCGCUCCUUUGAUGUGCCCUAAGCGCUCUCACGUUUUCUACCGGUUACUCAAUCGCGAAUCCUGAACUGAGGGUUCAGUGAUUUUUGAGCAGGCUUUUUUUUUUUUUUUUUUUUUAUGCCAUCAUUCGGCACUGUGCUUUUGGCUCUAGCCACCUCAGCAACUACUGCGUUGGGGCAUGGCCAUAUCCGGAGGGUUAUCGUCAAUGGUGUCACCUACCCGGGUUAUGAGCGAUGGGCAACUCAAGAUCAGAGUAAAGUGGUUACUUGGCAUUUUACGACAAAAGAUGAAGGUCCAGUCCCCAUAUCUAGUAUCAACGGACCCGAUAUUAUUUGCCACCUAGGAGCGACAAAUGCGCAAGGCUCCGUUCCAGUGGCUGCCGGUUCUCAAUUACAAGUCGUGCGUUUCAACACCAGGGGUGGUUUCCAACAUCCAGGCCCUGAGAUGCAUUAUCUCGCGUCCUGCGGCAGCGGCGGCUGCAAUAAUGUCGAUAAGAAUAAGCUUCGCUUUUUUAAGAUAUAUGAGAAAGGUCUUGUUAAGGGUGGUAUGGCGGAUGAUCCACAGUGGAACACCCAGAAAUGGGCAACCACUGAAGUUCACAAGGGUGUGCAAAAGGAGGGCGAAGGUUGGGUAGACACUUAUACUGUACACAUCCCUCAGAACAUCAAGCCUGGUUCUUAUAUCCUUCGACACGAACUCCUGGGACUACAUAUGGCUUAUGAAGGCAACGCCGAAUUCUACCCACAGUGUGUUAAUCUCGAAAUCUCGGGCUCGGGUACUCAACAGCCAGCGGGCGUAUCUGCUAUGGAGCUGUACCACAGCAGCGACCCGGGGAUUGACCUUGACAUCUGGAAAAACCUACAAUCGUACCAAAUUCCAGGACCGGCUCUUUCCAGCGUAGCUUCGAAGCGGGAUACCAAUGGGGAUGCCCCCCAUGGGCAUAGCCACAGGGCUCACGCGCACAAGCACCACGGGCAAGUUGCUUAA